AUGAAAACUAGGGGAGCUCUCAAGAAGAAGGCAAAUAUUGCACGUAUUUCUCAAAUCAAACCAAAGAAAGUUGAUGAAGCCUUAAAAGACUCCAGCUGGGUACAAGCUAUGCAAGAUGAACUCGAUCAAUUCGAUAAGAAUCAAGUAUGGGAAUUGUUACCUAAGCCAGCAAAUGCUACUGUUGUUGGAACCAAAUGGGUGUUCAGAAACAAAUUGAAUGAGGAUGGAAAGACUAAGUACACAAAGGAAUUGAUUCAAAAAUUUGGCAUGAGUAAUGCUAAAGCAAUUGGUACACCAAUGAGUCCAUCAACAAGUCUUGUCAAAGACAAGAAGGGAAAUUCAGUGGAUGAAAUAAAAUAUCGUAGGAUGAUUGGCUCUUUACAUUAUUUAACUGCUAGUCGACCAGAUAUCAUGUUCAGUGUGUGUAAAUAUGCUGGGUUUCAGUCAGCUCCUAAGGAAUCGCAUCUGACAGCAGUAAUAAAGAAGAUAGGAAAAGCACCAGCGGAACAUCUCAAUUACCGGGAAAGGCAUUAA